AUGGUCGUCGCUGACCAUGGUAAUCAUCGUAUCAUCCAAUUGAAAAUUGGUGAUACAAAUGGACAAGUAGUGGCUGGUGGCAAUAGCUAUGGAAAUCGAUUAGAUCAAUUGACUUUUCCAACUGAUGUGUUGAUCGACAAAGAGACGGAUAGUCUCAUUAUUUGUGAUUAUGGAAAUCAAAGAGUCGUACGAUGGUAUCGUCGUAGUAACAUAACUCAAGGAGAAAUUCUUUUCAAUAACAUUUCUUGUACUGGAUUAGCCAUGGACGAUCAGAGAUAUCUCUAUAUGUUUGGUACCACCGAUGAUGAAGUAAGACGAUAUCAAAUAGGAGACACGAAUGGAAUUGUCGUGGCUGGUGGCAAUGGACAAGGUGAUGAUCUCAAUCAAGUCCAGUCGCCAACAUACAUCUUUGUCGAUCGAGAACAGACUGUCUACGUGUCAGAUAACUGGAAUCAUCGUGUGAUGAAAUGGAAUAAAGGUGCAAAAGAAGGGAUUGUCGUCGCGGGAGGUCAAGGUGGAGGGAAUGCUCUGACACAAUUGUAUAAUCCUAACGGACUGUUCAUAGAUGACUUGGGUACUGUCUAUGUGGCAGACACAAGGAAUAAUCGAGUCAUGCGUUGGCCUAAAGGAGCGAGCCACGGCACUGUCAUUGCGGGUGUGAAUGGUUACGGAGCAGAAGCAAGUCAGUUGGCCUGGCCGAUCGGGUUGUUCUUCGAUCAGCAUGGCAAUCUCUAUGUCGCCGAUCAAGGAAAUCAUCGUGUUCAACGAUUUUCUAUUGAACAGACUCAAAAUGAUGACUAA